AUGGUUCCUUCACGGCUUGUACGGCCCGGCCGGUGCAUCGCACGCAGCUCCAAAGCCCCAGCUAUCGUCGUCACAGCCCGAGCGAUCCUCCGUCCUCGCCCCUUCUCGCAAUCACGACUCCAAGGCUACCGUGAUGCCCACGAGCGACUGCGAAAUGCCCGUCCGCUCGUCCCCGACAUCGUCGCCCGUCGACUCACCGCCGCCGGCCGGUCACGCAACUCACGAGCUGUCGUGGUGAUUGCCGUUCUGGGCGCGCUUGCCUUUUACUUGUACAACUCCCAGACGGUGCCCGUCACGGGCAGACGGCGGUUCAACUUCCUGUCGGAUAAACUAGUCGAGUUGGCGCAUUCCCGAGCCGCCGACGCCAUCAUACAGGCUGUUGAGCAGCAGGGGGGCCAUUUCUUGUCCGACUGGGAUCCGAGAACAAUGCUGGUCAAGAGGGUCAUGAAAAGGUUGAUUCCCGUGAGUGGCUUGCCCGACUCGAACUGGGACAUUCGCGUCAUCGCAGACAACAACACAGCAAACGCAUUCAUCCUCCCUGGCGGCAAAGUCUUUGUAUACAGCGGCAUCCUUAACGUGUGCCGCAAUGAAGACGCGCUCGCCGCCGUCCUCGGACACGAAAUCGCGCACAACACGGCGUCGCAUUUUGCCGAGCGGCUCUCCGCCGCGUGGGUGGGAAACAUCACGGCCGGCAGCGCCUUCUUCUUGGGCGGCGCGAUAUCCGGCCUGGUGCUGUUUGGCAUAUGGACGCUGGCAGGAGGCUUCUACCUUCAGGAUUUACUAUACUAUCUGCCCAUGGGGCGCAAGCAGGAGAGCGAGGCAGAUAUCAUUGGGCUGAUGAUGAUGGCCGAGGCGUGCUACGAUCCCAGGCAGGCCAUCGGGUUUUGGCAGAGAAUGGAGAUGUUGCAGAAGACGGGUGGCCAGGGAUUGCCCGAGAUGCUGAGUACACAUCCUUCGAACGAGGACCGAAUCAACAAGAUCAGGGAGUGGCUGCCGACUGCCAUGGAGAAGAGGAAGAACAGCGACUGUAGUGGUACGUCGGCGUUUGCGGAUAGAUUUAGGAUUGCGCUGAGGAGGGGGCUCCCGGUCCAUGAGGUGUAG